AUUCGUCCGCCGAGAGCCCAGCGAUAAGGUAGUUCCGCUCCGCUCCGCUCUGCCACCCACCCCACACGCACACACAAGCGCAAACGCACACAGACUCUCACGACCCGAGCCGAGCCGAACGACGCACGAUCGAUCUUCGUAUCGCUCCGAGUCUGACUUUUAAUCGCCGUGCAGCCAGAACCUGCUGCUCAUUCAAUUUCCGUGACUCGUAGCGUGCGGUUCCCACUCGCUCCGCAAAAGUAUAAAAAUAAAUCGCAACCGAAACCGAAAGCAACCCCAGAGAAUCCACACAAUUUACGUGCUUCUCUGCGACGCUGCGCGAAAGUGAAAAUAAGUGAACUUGAAAAUUGCAAGCAGAACAAAAUCACACAAACUGUUAGCAAAGAUACAAACACAUAAAUUUAAAAAAGACAGUGAACCGCUAAGAGUGCGCAGCAAAUCCACAUUUGCUGCCCAAGUGAAACCAGACAAACUGUGCCUCAAACUCAACAAAGAAUAUCUAACCGAAAUGGUUACCGGCGUUACCAACAUGACCGCCAACGUCCUGGGCACCGCCGUGGUGCCCGCCCAGCUCAAGGAAACGCCGAUGAAAAGUGACCGUCGGUCCAACAAGCCCAUCAUGGAGAAGCGACGACGAGCCCGCAUCAACAAUUGCCUCAACGAACUGAAGACGCUGAUCUUGGAUGCCACCAAAAAAGACCCGGCUCGCCACUCCAAAUUGGAAAAGGCCGACAUCCUGGAGAAGACUGUGAAGCAUCUGCAGGAGCUGCAACGUCAGCAGGCUGCCAUGCAGCAGGCCGCCGAUCCCAAGAUUGUGAACAAAUUCAAGGCGGGCUUCGCUGACUGUGUCAAUGAGGUGAGCCGCUUCCCCGGCAUCGAACCCGCCCAGCGUCGCCGCCUGCUGCAGCACCUGAGCAACUGCAUCAAUGGCGUCAAGACAGAGCUGCACCAGCAGCAGCGCCAGCAGCAACAGCAAUCGAUUCACGCCCAGAUGCUGCCCUCGCCGCCCAGCUCCCCGGAGCAGGACUCGCAGCAGCAGCAGCCAGCGGGAGCAGCAGCUCCCUAUCUCUUCGGACAGAUCCAGCAGACGGCCAGUGGCUACUUCCUGCCCAAUGGCAUGCAGGUGAUCCCCACCAAGCUGCCCAAUGGAAGCAUUGCCCUCGUGCUGCCCCAGAGCCUGCCACAGCAGCAGCAGCAACAGUUGCUGCAGCACCAGCAGCAGCAACAGCAGCAGCAGCAGCAACUGGCAGCCGCAGCAGCAGCAGCCGCCGCAGCAGCUGCCGCCCAGCAGCAGCAGAUGCCAAUGCUGGUGUCGAUGCCCCAGCGCACGGCCAGCACCGGAUCCGCCAGCUCGCACUCCUCCGCCGGAUACGAGUCGGCGCCCGGUAGCAGCAGCAGCUGCAGCUUUGCCCCGCCCAGCCCGGCCAACUCCAGCUACGAGCCGAUGGACAUCAAGCCGUCGGUGAUCCAGCGUGUGCCCGUCGAGCAGCAGCCGCUGUCGCUGGUGAUCAAGAAGCAGAUCAAGGAGGAGGAGCAGCCCUGGCGGCCGUGGUAGAUCCCGAUGAUCUGCCGAAUCUCCCGCUUUUAAGACUGACACAACUCACCCACAUCCACAUCCACACACACACCCGUAUCCACAUGCGCAGGCGUUGUGCGCAUGCGCAGACAUUUCACAUCAUUCGCCGGGAUAACGCCAAUGUUGCUUUUGAAGUGCCUUACGCAAACAUGCGAAUCCUCGGAAGGUCCACACUUCCUCCUGGGGAAUCUUGGAGCAUCUAAGAUUCCCCCUCGGGAGGAAGGGAUCUCCAUUCAAACACUCAUCCUCACAGACACACACAAACACUCGUUGUUAUAACUUAUUUAUUAUUAUUAUGUAAUCGAUUUGAGAACGGUAUUGUAUCGGAACAUCGCCAAACUACCUCAGUCCAAGUACUUGGUGUUGAAUUGCCUCAUGUAUCAUGUAUUACAAUCGUUUAACUCUUUGAAAAACAGCAAAUCAGCAAUGUCUUCCACACACAAAAAACAAAAAGCACACACACACAAAAAAGCUGAAACACUUUUUAUGAAAAAGAAAAAAACGUAAAACAAAACUCUUACAUUUUAGAAUUAAGUCUCUGCUUAAAAUUAGGUUUUGUACAAUAGCCAGCUAAGCCGCUUAGGGUUUUCUCUCGCUCUUAAGUCUAAUCAAAGAAUAAUUAUAUUUAUAAACAAGCAAAAACUAUUCGUAAGGCCACGUGAUAUAGUGAACAUAAUGAGCUUCUAAGAAAAAACAAAACAAGAAUUUGAUACAAAACAAAAAACAACAAGAAGAA